CCACUGAUCUCUGCUAUAAUGUCAUAGUCUGACACAGCACACAUUUAGUUUAUCGGCUCGGUAUCCAUGUUUACACCUGUGCAGGUGAGCUCAUCGUGCAUGAGGGAGCGCACUCUAUUGGUGAACACACCGCAAUCGCCGCAUAUGAUGCUCUUUGUCCCAGAAGCCCAUUGUACACAGCGGAGGAAACCCUGUGCCGUGAGCAGCAGCCAUCUUGGAUAGACAGAUCAUACUUGAGCCAGGAUAACCUGCAUUCCUCUUCUGAGCAACUCUACAACACAAAGCUCAAAGGUUUACAUCUGAGCCAAGAUGGCCACCGCACCGUACAACUACUCCUACAUUUUCAAAUACAUCAUUAUCGGGGACAUGGGGGUAGGGAAGUCAUGUUUGCUUCACCAGUUCACAGAAAAGAAAUUUAUGGCUGACUGCCCUCAUACGAUCGGCGUAGAGUUCGGCACACGGAUAAUCGAAGUGAGCGGCCAGAAGAUCAAGCUGCAGAUCUGGGACACGGCAGGACAAGAGCGCUUCAGGGCCGUCACCCGCUCCUACUACCGCGGAGCCGCAGGGGCGCUCAUGGUCUAUGACAUCACCAGGAGAAGCACAUACAACCACCUCAGCAGCUGGUUGACUGACGCCAGAAACCUUACCAAUCCCAAUACUGUGAUCAUUCUCAUAGGAAACAAAGCCGACCUGGAAGCACAGAGGGACGUCACGUAUGAGGAGGCGAAGCAGUUUGCUGAGGAGAACGGUCUGUUGUUUCUGGAGGCCAGUGCAAAAACAGGUGAAAAUGUCGAGGACGCCUUCCUGGAAGCUGCCAAGAAGAUCUACCAGAACAUCCAAGAUGGCAGCCUGGACCUGAACGCCGCAGAGUCAGGGGUCCAGCACAAGCCGUCGGCUCCCCAGGGUGGCCGGCUAACCAGCGAACCACAACCGCAGAGGGAAGGCUGCGGCUGCUAAUGACCAAGCAAAGCCCCCUCUGUCUUCUCCUCCUCUCCCUCUCUCUCUCUGUCCUGCCCCUCAUCCACCAUCCCACCAUCUAUCCAUCCAUCCCUCCACUCUCACUGCAUUGGGAGGGAAGGAAAGGGAGGGUGGACUCGGGCCAGAUUGAGCUGGGCUAUGUGGACUACAUCUUUCCCCUCCUCCUCCUCCUUUUCUUCCUCCUCUGCUCUGCCCCUCUCACUCCGCAAGUUUAAUCUGUCUGUGUGUUUUCCUCCCAUAAUUCUCCUCUUUCUCCCCCCUCCACUCCUCUUGCACCAUUCAGUCUAGCCCCCCCCUCCUCCACCCACCCUCAGUCAUAGUAUCAUAGACUUCACCACACAUCACACGGGUUACUGACACUUGACAUAGAUGUAAUGUUCAUACGAUAAUGAUAAGCGAAGACUGUUUUUUAUGUUUGGUUUUAUAGCGCUAUAUGACAUGUAAACACUGCAUCCAUUCAUCCACCACUCAUCACUUCUUCUGUCUGUAUCCGGUCUAAAUUAUAAUCUCAAACCCCCGAUGCCUCCUCUGCAUGGUUUACCAAUCCAGCAUUUAUCGAGACACGCUGCCAUGAUGUCUCACCGGUCAUUGUUGUGGGAUCAGGGCAGCGAAAGCAAUGAAGUAGUAGUGUAUUAUGCGGCUGCGCAGGUAAAAGCUCUUGAGUGUGUGUCAAAGAAUGUGUAGCUGAGAGAGCUUUUUCAGCAGGAUUCAGACCUGCUCGUGGCUUUUAAUAAAGUUCCUGAAACACAGGAGAGAGAGGGGGGAACAUUUAGAGAACCAAGAAUUCUUUGGUGGGGAUUCCUUCAUCUCUUUCUCUCCAGUGAGAUAUCACAAGAAGGAAUAUUGGGUGUUUCCCGGCUUGUCUGUGUGUGUCCGUGUGUUAAGAAGUUUAAUGGGAAUUUCUUUGACUAAAACAACCCACUUCUUUUCUGUCUCGGAUGGAAAGAUUUAUUCACGUUUUGUUUCUUUGCACCAGCUCUCCUUCUCGUCACACAUCUGAACUCCAAAACUCUCCAUCAGGUCAUAUCAACAGAUUCUGUCUUUUACCAGCAUUUUCUUUGUCAUUGUUUGUUGCCUUAUUAUAAUUCAUGUUCUUACUCUUUAUCUUUUUCUGCUGCACUUGCUCUUCUCUCUGCUGUCUGACUCAGCCUGAUUCAAUAAAUCUAAUCUUUUAGGAUAAUUAUUGCAAAUACAAGCAGUGGCUGUAAAAGUACUUCAGCAGCAUGGUCUAAAGCCCACUAACAACUUUUCAGAUGUGAAAAAAACAAACUGUCAACACUCCUUUAUCUCGUGCUGCACUGAAGAGCUGAUCUGUUGUUCAUGUGGGCGGUCCUUUCUCUGCCUUGUAUAUUUCAACACCAAGCAGCAUGCCCCCGCCCCCAAAACAGUGAAAUUGUCAAAAUCCAAUUAUGCUUUUUUUUUUUGUUAUUAAGUACAAUUUUUCUGUACCAUAGAGUGAUUCCCUGAUUGGACAGCUGUAAAUAUUGCUUCUUAACUAUUGGUGAUGACCUCGCUACUUGGGAUUUAGAAAUUUAUUUGCUGGCUCUGCCGAGAUCUGUACAGUUGAUGUGCUAGUGGGUUGCCUGUAAUUCAUGCUUGGGAAAUUCUGUAACAUAGUUUCUAUUAAUAAAUGUAUGUAAAGGACAGACACCUAGACUCCCCCACCCGACCCCGAACCACCCUGUCUGCACACUACUGAACCUGUCGAUUGGUUGAGGGGAGAGGAAGCGGAUUGAUGAUGUGCUAACUAGUAUUUAUGUCUGCAAACUUUCUUUCCUCUCAUCUCUGUACGGAGUGGAGAACGGGGCACUUUUAUGUUUAUAUUCUGUUUUUUUUUCUUUUUUCCAUCCCAUCGUCUCUCCUCCAUGUGGGAGGGGCCUGCAUCGCUGUCUUAACUUUUAGGGGAGUGGGGAUUGGUUUGUUAUUGUGGGAAGUCGGUGGGCUGGGUCUUCCUUUUUUUUUUUCCUGUGUCCCACCUCUUUGCAGUCUGAGUGACCACUUCCUGCUUUUGUCUGUCCACAAGUACAAAAAAAAAGUACAUAUGUAUAAAUUUUUAAGGAGCUGUGCUAACAUUUAAAUGCGUUCUUGAGUGUAUAUGAUUUUAAAAUGUUGACAUUUUGAUUUUAAUGACAAAAAUACUCUAGACAGAAAAAAUAAAUUAUACAUAACCUGUU